AUGCUCAAAAGUUUGUACGCUACCCAUUGGAGAUAUAUAAUCAUGUCCGGUUCUUCUGCUGUAAAUGGAGGUGGUGCUAAGAAACAAGCUACUUUAGCUAGAUUUUUCAGUUCGAUGCCAAAGAGGAAGAUUGAUGAUGAUUCUUCUACUGACUCAACCACUAUCAAUAAAGAUGAUGACUCUGAUACUUCAAAGAAGAUUAAAUUAAAUUCUGAUGAAACCCCUACAACUAGUGCUGGAUCAGUUACUUCAAAAGAUGAACCUUCGUUAACUUCUUCCCCUCAGAAACCAAUAGUCACACCUGCCAAAGUUCCCUCUAAUACAAAACCUGUUAAAUUCUUCUCAACUGUUCCCUAUGCCGACCUUUGUGAAGUUUUCCAAGAGGUAGAAAGCACUUCUUCAAGGUUGUCUAUCAUUAAGAUCUGUUCAGAUUUCCUGAUUAAAGUAAUGAAACAAGACCCACAGAAUCUGGUACCAAUAACUUACCUUUUCAUUAAUAAACUAGGUCCUGACUAUGAACCUGGGUUGGAAUUAGGUUUGGGUGAAGGCUUAUUGAUGAAGACCAUCAGCGAAUCUUGUGGGAAAUCAAUGCAACAAUUGAAAAAUCAAUAUAGAGAAAUUGGUGAUCUAGGCCAAAUAGCACAAGAUGCAAGAAAUGUUCAACCAACCAUGUUUAAACCUAAACCUUUAACUGUUGGUGAGGUAUUCCAAAAUUUAAAAGAUAUUGCUCAAUCUCAAGGUAAGGACUCUCAACAAAGAAAAAUGAGACUAAUCAAAAGAAUGUUAACAGCUUGUAAAGGUGUAGAAGCAAAAUUUUUAAUUAGAUCACUAGAAUCAAAAUUGAGAAUAGGUCUUGCGGAGAAAACAGUACUUAUUUCUCUAUCCAAGGCUUUAUUACUAAACGAAUACGAAACAUCUAAAGAUCCAUCUAUGGAAUUAAUUGAAACUGCAGAAGAAAAAAUAAGAGAUGCGUUUUGCCAAGUCCCAAAUUAUGAAAUCAUAAUCCAAUCCUGUCUAAAUGAUGGAAUAAUGGAACUAGAUAACAAUUGUAAAUUAAGGCCUGGUAUCCCAUUAAAACCAAUGUUGGCAAAACCAACAAAGGCCAUUAAUGAAGUAUUAGAUGCAUUUCAAGGGGAAGAAUUUACUUGUGAAUAUAAAUACGAUGGUGAAAGAGGCCAAGUACAUUUGUUAUCAAAUGGUGAGAUGAGAAUUUAUUCACGUAAUGGGGAAAAUAUGACUGAAAGAUAUCCUGAAUUACAUAUUGAAGAUUUUUUGGUCAAAGACGAAUCUAACACAGAUAAAGAGGUUUCUUUAAUUUUAGAUUGUGAAGUGGUAGCUUGGGACAAUGAACAAAAUAAAAUUCUACCAUUUCAAGUAUUGAGUACUAGGAAGCGUAAAGGCGUUGAAUUAAAAGAUGUGAAAGUCAGAGUAUGUCUUUUUGCAUUUGAUAUAUUAUAUUACAAUGGAGAAGGAUUAAUAACCAAGACAUUGAGAGAAAGACGUAAAAUACUACACGAAGUCACAAAAUGUGUUCCUGGUGAAUUUCAAUAUGCUACUUCUUUAAUAACGGCAGAACUUGACGAAAUACAAAAAUUCUUAGAUCAAGCAAUCAAAGAUUCAUGUGAAGGUCUGAUGGUGAAAAUACUAGAUGGAGAAGAAUCCAGGUAUGAACCGAGUAAGAGAUCUAGAAACUGGUUGAAGUUAAAGAAAGAUUAUUUGGCAGGUGUCGGUGAUUCAUUAGAUUUAUGUGUGAUGGGAGCUUAUUAUGGUAAAGGUAAACGUACAGGUACAUAUGGUGGGUUUUUAUUGGGAUGUUACAAUCAAGAUAGCGGAGAAUAUGAAACAUGUUGCAAAAUUGGUACAGGGUUUUCAGAUGAAAUGUUGACGAAAUUAUAUGAACUUUUCCGUGAGGAAGAGAUAGAAGUUCCAAAAAGCUUUUAUAAUUUUGAUUCUAGCGCGGAACCCGACAUCUGGUUUGAACCUAAGGUGCUGUUUGAAGUGCUGACUGCUGAUUUAUCGCUGUCACCAAUCUAUAAAGCUGGUAGUGCGACCUAUGACAAGGGUAUUUCUUUAAGAUUUCCUAGAUUUUUGAGGAUUCGUGAUGAUAAAUCAGUUGAAGAUGCAACAUCAUCUGAUCAAAUUAUUGAAAUGUACGAGAAUCAAAGCCAUAUACAAUCGUGA